GGCGGGCAAGUAUGCAUGCUGGUGUUUAAAAGCUCCUCCACGGCACAAGAGCUGCACUGAAGGCGGUGGAUUGAAGCCAGGAAGAAGGAAAUUUGCUCAUGAAUUUUCUAACUGAAACCAACCUAUGUUACAGGACCAAGGCCACCACUGUGUAAAGUCCUGACAGGUUGCUGCUGAGUUCAGAAGACCUUCUCAAACAGAGACGAGAGAUUUUUCUCUGCAAAGUCCCAAACCAGGUGCUGGAGGAUACAAGUCACCACCUACCAUGCUAUCUUUUGCCCUCUUUGGGGGCCUUUUUGUCCUCAUUGGCACUUCCAGGGGCUCACACGCCUCCACUCACACCAUGAGUCCUCGCCUGCACUUCCGCCUGUACCAUGGCUGCUACGGCGACAUCAUGACCAUGGACACCCCUGGUGUCCCCUGUGAUAACACCAGGCUGGUUGCCUGCGGCAUCCGUGGUUCUGAGAUGUUUGCGGAGAUGGAUUUGAAGGCCUUACAGUCUUACCAAAUUCUGAUCAAAGAAAUUGGACUGCGGCACUGCGUGGACCCUGCUCUCAUUGCAGCCAUCAUCUCUAGAGAAAGUCAUGGUGGAACCAUCCUGCUGGAUGGCUGGGACCACACAGGACUUAAAUUUGGCCUGAUGCAGCUUGAUAAAAAAAUUCAUCGUCCUGUUGGUACCUGGGAUGGCAAAGAACACCUUUUGCAGGCUGUUGGGAUUCUCACAGACAGAAUUAAGGCAACCCAGAAAAAAUUCCCCGGCUGGAGUGCGGCUCAGCACCUCAAAGGUGGUCUCUCAGCCUUCAAGUCAGGAACUGAAGCCAUUGCCACCUCCGCAGACAUACAGGCUGACUAUGUCAAUGAUAUUUUAGCCCGAGCUAAAUUCUAUAAGAAACACGGCUUCUAGACAAAGCUCCACGGCUAGGCCAGGCCGGCAGGUACUCAUACGGCCCCUUUGAGGAUUUGAUAAGGUUGUGUUGUACCCAGUGCUGGCAAAGGAAUGGUUACACUUAAGACAAAAAAUCCAUUUCCUACUCUUCUUCAUGCAAAUAAGCAUAAAAAAAAAAAGAAAAUCCCCCCAGUUCACAUUAUGGUUCCUGUGAGAUAUAUAUAGAUAUAUGCAUAAUUACUGUGCAGUAAAAGUGAAAAUCAUAGUAAGUGAUGUAUUCUUACCAUAUUCUUAGGAAUAAGUCUACCUACUCCAGCAGGGCCUCAUUUUAGCCCACGAUUUUUCUUUUCUUGACUACACCACACGGCAUGUGGGAUCUUAGUUCCAUCAGGAGGGAUCGAACCUGUGCCUCCUGCAGUAGAAGCACAGAGUCUUAACCACUGGACCACCAGGAAGUCCUAGCUCAUGAUUUCAAUGCCCACCUACUCCUUGUCUUACCAGAAUUACUAAUAAGAAGAGAGCCUGACCUGAGCCUUGGACCUCCUCCCAGCAUCUGCUCAAGCCCCUAGAGCUUUGCUUGUGAGGGGUGCCUGAUUCAUAAGCCAAGCCAGGAGACAGUGGAGAAACCGUCAGAUUCCCAGGGUGGAAUUCAAGCUCUCUGGGCACCUGAGAGCCAAUCUCGGUGAAGCUCAUCCUCCUCAAGGGACGUACACCGCAUCCCUCAGGCCCACUCCUGCCUCCUAUGUCUUCUUCCUCUUAUUUGCUGAAGAUCCAGGGACUGGCUUCUUUUCUUCCCUUUUUUGUCAGUAGUUGCUGCCACAUGCUCUUUCAAGGGGUCAAUUCUCCACAAAACGUGGCUGAAGAUAAGCAUAUUGGGCCUGAAUUUGUUAUGGUUCUUGGGUGCAAGUAAAAGCCAAUCCUUGAAAUUUUAAACAAUAAAAGGAAAUUACUGAAAGACUAUCAAAGGCUCACUGAGCCAAUGAGAAGAUCAAGGACAAGAAGAGAAACCGGGCAACUCUGGACUCUGGGUAGCAGGAACCAGCUGAGCAUGCUUUGUAUCACCCCACUGCAUGAGUGAACUAGUGCGCUCACUGCAUAAAUGAACUCCAGCGCCUUUUUCUCCCAUCCUUUCACCACUCUGUUUCACUUUCAUCAUCCAAGGAGAGAGACUCCGAUGGACUAUCUCAGGUCAUACUCAUACCUAGGGGCUGGCUGCUUUGCUUUUUGGUCUUGCUCAGACCACUACCAUGGAGAAGAGACAUUCCUCCUGAAGGAAACCUCAGGUAGAGUGUGGCUUUUACUUCCAUACUCAGGAGAAAACACCAGUAACGUGUUGGACUGUUAAGUUCUCAAAGUCCCUGCCGAUAUGGUCCCUGCUGGGCCUUUAGCUUCCUUCAGAGAUGUUUGAUGAAUGUUUCUAAGAAUCACUUAUUUUUCUGAGGAGGAAUCAAAAUCAUACCCACCUGACUUCCCUGGUCCAGUGGAUAAGAAUCUGCCUGUCCAUGUAGGGGACAGGGGCUCGAUCCCUGGUCCGGGAAGAUCCCACCCGCUCCAAGACCGCAGUGUCUGUGUGCUGCAACAGCUGAGCCCUUGUGCCUCACAGCCUGCGCUCCCCAGAAAGAGAAGUCACCGCAGGGAGGAGCCCUGGCACUGCAGCGAGGAGUAGCCCCCACUCUCGAGACUAGAGAAAGCCCUCCAGCAGCAACCAAGGCUCAACACAGCCAAAAAAAUCACACCCACCUACAUCUGAGCCCCCCUGGAGAAAGCCAGGUAAACCCUCUCUGCUCAGUGACCUCUGAACCCUGCCUGAAGAUUUGACCCAGGCAGAACUGGGACCCCGUGUUUCACUAGGGCAGAGCCAACAGUGUGAUAGCCCUGCAGUACACAGGCCAGCAUCUUCUGUGAUCAGAUGAGGGCCAUGCUGUAUCAGCUGUUAAAUACUUUGAUUAUUAUCUCUGCAUAGAGGCAAUCCAGGACACUUUUAGACAUUCACAUUGCUCAAGAGUGGUUUCUUCUGUGGGGGAAACCACAAACAUGUUCUCCGUUUAACUGCAAACUCCUUCAAUGUCUCCACUAAAACAAUAAAGUACACCCAGAUGA